UUUCGGCUGGCAUUUGGCGACAGUAGCUUCUGAUCGAUCGGCACCUUGCUCGUGCGCCAAUUCGGUGCCAGAAGCCAUGGCACAGAGCAACUGGGAGGCAGAUAAGAUCAGUACGAAGCUGAGUCCUAAUGUCGACGCCUCCAAAGAUUUUACGUUCAACGAGGUGGGCUGUCUUCGUGCCAGUACAAAUAAAGUUGUGUGCUGCCAUUUCUCUUCGAGUGGAAAGCUAUUGGCCAGUGCUGGCCAUGAAAAGAAGGCCGUGCUCUGGAAUAUGGACACGCUAAAACUCCGGAGUACAUUGGAAGAACACACGUCUUUGAUAACCGAUGUUCGGUUUAGUCCAAAUUCGAUGCUGUUAGCAACAUCAUCCUUUGACGAGACUGUACGAGUAUGGCAUGCAGACAAUCCAAGCUAUUCCUUGCGCACUUUUACUUGCCAUCAAACAUCAGUCAUGUCCUUAGAUUUCCAUCCAGCGAACAAAGACCUCUUGUGUUCGUGCGACAGUGAUAGCGAGAUCAGGUACUGGAGUGUAAGCCAGGGCAUCUGCACCAAAGUCUUCAAGGGUGGCAUGACUCAAAUGCGGUUUCAACCGCGUCAUGGCAGGCUUCUUGCUGCCGCCGCCGAGAACCUAGUUUCUAUCUUCGAUGUCGAUGCCGAGACAUGCAGGCAUUCUCUUCAGAGGCACACAAAGCCAGUGCAUUCCAUAUGCUGGGAUCAAACCGGUGACUACUUGGCUUCUGUCAGCAAGGACUCAGUCCGAGUCUGGACUCUCCGCUCCGGUGGCGAUGGAGAAUGCGUUUACGAGCUAUGCUCGAACGAGAACAAGUUCCAUUCCUGUGUCUUCCACCCGAGCCAUCCGUCGCUACUCAUCAUCGGCUGCUAUGAGUCUCUGGAGCUGUGGAACAUGGUUGAGAACAAAAGCAUGACAAUCCCUGCGCACCAGGGCCUGAUUGCGGCCUUGGCACAGUCGCCAGCGACGGGCAUGGUUGCGUCGGCCAGCCACGAUAAAUGCGUGAAGCUGUGGAGAUAGAGAAGAGUUCACACACAAGCUGUGGAGAGAAGACGAUGAAAGGAAGUGUAUUACUACUCGGUCAAAUGUUUGCCUUGACAUUUAGAGAUUGUAAGGCAAUACCCUAAAUGCACUGGAAAUUGUCUUA